UGGACUUUGGAGACAAGUACAACCUCGACGGUAGCGGUACGGCGUACGUUAACGGUAUCUGGGCCAGCGGCAUGCGCUACCGUGAGACCAAUGGGUUGUGGUACUGGUUUGGCUGCAUCGACUUUGACAAGACGCACGUCUUCACCGCGACGGAUCCGGCUGGCCAAUGGACGCAGCAUGAACCGCUUGACAAGUGCUAUUACGAUCUCGGCGUCUUGAUUGACGAGGAUGAUACUAUGUAUCUCGCCUAUGGAAGCUAUAACAUCGCCGUGGUGCAGUUGACGGAGGAUGGCCUCGGUGUGGUGAGGGAAGAAGUAAGCGGAAUUUCGGAAUUUCCCCCUGGAAGAUGAUUCAAGUUGAAUGCUCAUCAGCCUCGCCGUCCCAGGAAGUCUGGACAGAUAGCGAACGCUACCUUGAAGGGGCCCGGUUCUACACCAUCAACGGCUCCUACUACCUCUGGCUCACCAAGCCCGCGGACGAGCAGCAUGUCCUCAAGGCCGACAACCCCUGGGGCCCCUACGAGGAGCACCCCAUUCUCGUCCGAGCGGAGGCUCCCAUCCCCUACUCCGGCGUCCCGCAUCAGGGCGGAAUCGUCGACACCCCCAACGGCGACUGGUACUACAUGGGCUUCCUCGACGCCUACCCCCUAGGUCGCAUUCCCGUCCUGGCCCCCCUCAUCUUCGACGAAGAAGGCUGGCCCUCCCUCGUGACCGACGAAAACGGCGGCUGGGGUCUCACCUACCCGAUGCCUCUGCAGACGACGCGAUGCAACCAGACCGUCAACCCCGCCGGCCCUUACACCGACACCUUCGACGGCCCCGCCCUGGGUCACGAGUGGGAAUGGAACCACAACCCGGACAACGCGGCCUGGCGUCUGGGGCCUGGCGCCGGCCUGGUGCUCAACACCACCAGCGUGACGGACGACCUGCACCACGCCCGCAACACGCUGACGCACCGCAUCCACGGCCCGCGCAGCAGCGGCACCUUCCGGCUCAACGUGGGCGGCAUGGCCGACGGGGACGUCGCGGGCGUGGCGGUCCUGCGCGACGAGUCGUCGUUCCUCGCGGUGCAGAAGCGCGGCUCCGAACUCGUGCUGGGGGAGGUGCAUGGCGCGCUGUUGCAGCAGACGGGCGAGAACCGCUGGACGAGCACUUCGAACGGGACGGUCGUGGCCGAGGCGGACCCGGUGGAUUUGGAAUCUGUCGCGGCGGGGGAGACGGACUUGUGGCUGCGCGUUGAGGCCGAUGUGACGCCCAACUUCCAGAACCCGAGUGGCGAGAACACGGCGUGGUUCUCGUACAGCCUGGACGGGGAGAACUUUGAGGCGCUCAUUUCGGAGGGCUGGGCGUUGCAUAACCGGUGGGAGUUCUUCAUGGCUUUUCGCUUUGCCGUGUUUAACUACGCGACAGCGGAGCUGGGUGGUUCGAUCAGAGUCAAGGAGUUUGACUUGCAGCUAGUCGAGUAAAGGAGGCUGAGGGCCGAGUCGCCGACAUGGCUGCGACGUGGUCGGUGUCUGACUGUCUGUGUAAGGCAUAGUCUGCUACCCUGCUGCUCUUUUAUCUUGCAACGAUGCUACUACAGCAGCCAGUUGCAGCGACAUUCGGAUAAUCUCCUGCGACUCAUGGGAAGAAGUCGAGUCGACAUGAAGCCAAGAAGAAUGCGCACGAGU